AUGGGUCCUCUGUUUGGAGCUCUCAUCGUCACAACAUUUGCGGCGUCGGUGGUUUUUCCGUUGCCCGGGGCAGCCGGAAUCAAAGGCUCCUUCGACGACAAUUUCAGCAAGAGCUGCCCGGAGACCAAUUUCAAGACUUCUGAGGAUGGCCAGAUCUGGUACCUCUCCCUGAAUAAACAAGCAGGUUGCGGGUUCAUGACGAAGCAGAGAUACAGAUUCGGGUGGUUCAGUAUGAAACUUAAGCUUGUUGGGGGCGACUCAGCUGGAGUUGUCACUGCUUAUUAUAUGUGCUCGGAAGAUGGAGCAGGUCCGGAGAGGGAUGAGGUUGACAUCGAGUUCUUGGGUAACAGGACAGGGCAGCCUUACCUCAUACAGACGAAUGUGUACAAAAAUGGAACCGGCAACCGUGAGAUGAGGCACAGUCUAUGGUUUGACCCGACCGAGGAUUAUCACAGCUAUUCUAUCCUAUGGAACAAUCACCAGUUAGUGUUUUUCGUGGACGAGGUUCCCAUCAGAGUGUUCAAGAACGCAAACUACACCAACAAUUUCUUCCCCAACGAGAAGCCAAUGUACUUGUUCUCGAGCAUUUGGAACGCGGACGAUUGGGCCACGAGGGGCGGACUCGAAAAGACCGAUUGGAAAAAAGCGCCUUUUGUCUCGUCUUAUAAGGACUUCAAUGUGGACGCUUGCCAAUGGGAGGACCCUUAUCCUGCGUGUGUCUCGACUACUACCGAUAAUUGGUGGGACCAAUACAACGCGUGGCACCUCUCGAACGAUCAGAAGAAGGACUACGCGUGGGUCCAGAGGAACCUCGUCGUGUACGAUUAUUGCAAGGAUACCGAGAGGUUUCCUAAGCUGCCCGAGGAGUGCUGGCUUGACCCAUGGGCGUGA